AUGGAAGGACAUGUGCUCAUCAUCCGAAAUUUUCAACUGGGUCGCUCACUGUCAAUCGGUGGUUGGUCACCGGCCCAGAUCCGGCUGUGUGAUUACAAGUGCCUGCGACCCAUUGGAACACCUUUUAAAGGUCGUUGGAUUCGCUGCCUGCCUCCUCAUCUUCCAAGUAUUCAUCCCGACUUCCCCGGAAAGCCUAUUAUUUGCUUAUUUAUCUGGAAGGCUACAGGCCACCGGCUGUUUUACCAUCGCGACUCGAUAACCUCCUUUUUCCCACCGAAUUCAUCCGCUCGAACUAGCACAUCCUGCAAUGGCUCGCAUCUCACUCGUUACGUUGAUAUUUUUCAAUUGUUUGAUUGCGCUAUCUGUCUUCUCUAGUGGUGCUGGCAAGCUCUCUCGAAGAUCUCUAGGUCAGCUUUCACGCAAUCCUGACCCGAAGGCUAUCCAGCAGAAACGUUUUGUACACCCUUCUGGAUCCCAAAAGUCCAUCCAUUUGGUCCGUCGUGAAGCAAAAGGGAAACCAUAUUGAUAGUUUGAUACUUUCUGCAGACAGAAAUAUUUCUAUACAUACAGCAUACCUAUAAGCAUGUCUCCCUCAGUCAAGCUUGCUUGAAUACAGUAGAUCAAGAAUCUAGAUGUGAAACAAAUUUUAUAAAUCCUUUUCCAUACAAAAAACAUAAAAUGUUCCAAACAAAGUUUUAAAUUUUUGUUACAAUAUGCUUGCACAAGUGUACUUAUUGCUUUGAAAAACAGAGGGCCCAGAACUGAACCAUUUGAAGAUACAUUUCAAAUCAUAAUUUUUAUUUUAAAGAGAUUACUACAUUACUUCACUUAUCUAUUACUUUGGAUUAAAUACAUAAAAGGUUUGAAUAAUAUCCCGCUUGUUCUACUUGGAUCCAUCUUUGAGAGAGUUACUAGAUUAAUAGUGGCCUGAUGUAAAUUAUUUUGAGAUUGAAUGUUUUCAACCAUUGGCUGGUCUACUGGAUGAGUCCCAAUCAAUCAGAAAACCCCCAAGGAGAUCUGAAUCAAGACCUU